UUAAUAAGCUAUAGCAAAUCGCAGACGUUUGUAAUCAGACACAGAAAUCAAAAUGUUUAAAAAGUACAGUCUUGGUGUUGCCGAUUAUGUUAUUAUUUCUUUGACACUUUUGUUAUCGAUUGGGAUAGGGUUAUGUGCAAGGUAUUUCAAAGGUCAACAGAAAAUACCGUCGGAUUAUUUGCUGGCAGGAAAAAAUAUGCCAAAAUUUCCUGUCAUUUUUUCUAUCAUUGUUACUCUUACAUCUACGUCUUCGUUUCUUUCAUCACCAGCUGAAGUUUACAAAUAUGGCAUCGCUAUUUCCAUUGCUAAUUUUAUGAUGCCCAUAGGAAUGUUUAUAUCAUCAAGCGUUAUUAUACCAGUGUAUUUCCAAUGCGAAGUCUCAAGCAUAACUGAGUACCUUGAAAUGCGGUAUGGACGAAUCAUUAGAUAUCUGGCGUCUGUUAUGUUUCUUCUGCAGAUGGUAUUCUACAUGUCCAUUUCUCUUUAUGGAGCAGUUUUGGCAUUGAGUGCUGUUACAGACUUGUCUUUUGAACUGUCCAUUGUGUCCUUGGGAACUGUUUGUGCUUUUUAUUGUUCCUUGGGAGGACUUAAAGCUGUUUUGUGGACAGAUGUUUUUCAAGCUAUUUUAAUGACAACUUGUUUGCUAGCUAUAUACAUAGCAGGCAUCUCUGAUGCAGGUGGUAUUUCCGAUCUCUUUCGAAAGGUUUCGAAUGGCAAAAGACUAAACUUUUUCGAACUCAUGCCAGAUGUAACCAGACGGUAUGGAUUUUGGGCUUGCGCAACUCAAGGAAUUAUGGUGGGAAUGGCUUUCUUUGGAACAAAUCAAGUUGAAGUACAAAGAUUACUGAGUCUCAGUGACAUAAAACGAGCAAAAUCAACUCUCCGAAUGAGUAGUUUACCAAUGUGUCUCAUGUACUCUGCAUGCUGUUACAUUGGAGUGGUGUUAUAUGGUGUUUACUAUAACUGUGACCCAAUCUUAGACAAAGAGAGAACAGGAUUGAGAAAAUAUGAUCAAAUUGUCCCUGCUUACAUUGUUACAAGAUUUAGCUCUUAUCCAGGACUGACAGGUCUAUGCAUAGCUGGUAUCUUCAGUGCUUCCAUGAGUACUAUUUCCUCGUGUCUAAACUCAGCCUCAACUGUUACAGUCAUUGAUUAUUUAAUACCAAUCUUCAGAAAGGGCAACAUUUCUGAUUUGAAAAUCAUCCUACUCGCAAAAAUUGUGUCUGCUAUCUAUGGCGGUGUUUGCAUAGGUCUGAGCUUUGCCUUUCGACACGCAGACAGUAUUCACCAUUUGAAUCAAGUAUUUGUUGCUUUACCUCAGGGUAUUAUUUGUGCUGUUUUUCUGUUUGGAAUGCUGACAAGAAAAGCUGGUGAUAAAUGUAUAUCUUUUGCUGUAGUAGUGACUUAUGUAAUAAUGGCCUGGAUUGCGCUAAGCUCUCUUUAUGCAGGAUAUGUUCAACCUCUAUUACCUCUGAGCAAUAGUAUGUGUCCUUCAUCACAAAAUCAAACAAUGUCUGACAGUAUUUUUAAUAUAUCCUCAUCAACAUUACCAUCACCAAUUACGGAAAAGAAUCACUUCGUACUGUACAAAAUGACAUUUAUGUGGUAUUCUUUCAUUGGAUUCUUUCUGACAUUUUUACUCACAGCUUUUGCUGCUUUAAUAACGGGAUGGAAAAAGAAUGCAAUACCUGCAGAUUCUAAGUGUUUGAGUCCUGUUACAAAAUUUUGGAUGAAGAAAAACCAAGUAUUUGUUCAACAAAUCAAAUAGAAAUAUUCGAUACAGAGUACAGAGACACAAGUAGAAUUUUCUUCAUUAGAAGUUGCAUACACACAACUGUGUACUCCAAAAUGUUCUA